AUGUCGCUCAAACAAGAAAUCGAAACAUGGGUGCAGGCCCUGGAUGCCUACGACAAUCAAGAUUUUGAAACGUCCCUGCGAUGCUUCGAUCAGAUUGCCGAUACAUCAAAGAUCUUGUUCAAUUGUGGAGUGAUCUACGCAACGCUGGGCGAGCAUCAUAAAGCAGUAGAAUGCUACCAACGUGCUGUCAGCCUAGACCGGUAUCUGGCAAUUGCUUACUUCCAGCAAGGUGUAUCUAAUUUCUUGCUUGGAGACUUUGAAGAAGCGUUGGCCAAUUUUAAUGACACUUUGCUGUAUCUGCGAGGGAAUACUUCCAUCGACUAUGAACAGCUUGGUCUUCUAUUCCGCCUCUUUUCAUGUGAAGUCUUGUUCAAUCGAGGUCUGUGCUAUAUCUACCUCCGGCAGACGAAUCCAGGCAUCCAAGACCUUGAAUAUGCAGCCAAGGAAAAAGUUACCGCGGACCACAAUGUGAUUGACGAUGCUAUUCGUGAGAAUGCAGAUGGCUAUACUGUCUUCUCAAUUCCCGUGGGAGUUCUCUAUCGCCCCAACGCAGCUAAAGUCAAGAAUCUCAAGACAAAAGACUACCUGGGCAAGGCUCGACUGGUUGCCGCAUCGGACCGCAAUCAAUCAUCAGAUCACCAAUGGAACCCAAUAGCUGUUAAUAAAGAAGACCUCCAAGGUCGCGAAGGAGUUUCCUUUGCCGCGUCCCACUUAGUCCGCCAAAACCUCACCAGCCGCACUCGUCAACAAUCCGAGCCACCCUUGAACCGCAACGUAUUCCCCCCAACGCCACCACCAGACGACCGCUCUGUCAGUACAGCAUCUGGAUCAGGGAGUCAAUCCGGACACCACCGAGCAUCAUCUCUCCGAAAUGUACGCCCACCACGUCUAGACCUAGAUCGCGCAGGUGCCAGCCUAGACCGCCGGCCCUGCCAACGCGAACAAACAAUACCACCCGUCGAGAAACCGCGGAUAGGCACGACGCGAACAGCAUCAGAGCCGCGCGGGCCAUCCUCACGGCAAAACAAUAUGCGUGGAUAUCAACCGGAAAGCAGCCGAAGCGCCUUGACCCGCGAACAAGCCGGCCAUCGCAGAAACCUCAGCGACACAAACACAAACCAGAACUUCCCCCCAGAACAAGAUUACGGCCACUCAGAUCCCUACGACCCCUAUUCAAGCCAAUACAACCUAGCAAACACAGGCUGGGGCCGCGGAUCCCGCCACCGACCACCCCAAUACAUCGACGAAGAGGAAGAAUAUGCCAGCGACGCAUGCGACGCAACGACCCUCCACGACGGCGCUUUCGAGCUCGUCGCCGCGCCGCAGGCUGGUCCGAGCCAUUCACCCCAACAGCGUCGUACUCGUUCUCCGGCCCGAUACUCUCGCCAUGCAAACCCGCGAAGACCGGAGAUUCAGAGAUUUAGAACGAAAGUACAUGCCCCUGAUGAUACCAGAUAUAUCAUGAUUGGGCCGAAUAUUGAGUUUGGAGAAUUUGAAAAUCGUAUUCGUGAAAAGUUUGGCUUUCAGUGUCCCCUGAAGAUGAAGGUGCAGGAUGAUGGGGAUAUGAUUACCAUGGUAGAUCAGGAAGAUUUGGAUUUGCUGGUUAGUUCGGCCAAGGAGGUCGCUCAGCGGGAAGGAAGUGAGAUGGGGAAGAUUGAGCUUUGGGUGGAAGAACGUGCAAUGAUUUGA